ACAGCCAACUUAAGUCCGAUGCCGAAAAUUUAAGUAUUUUACGCGCAAAAAUAAACAAUAUUGUUUUCCAAAGUGUUAAUUAACUAAUUGAGAGCUAAACAUGUACCGUGCCAUGCCCAGACGAACCAGCGAGUUUCGCGAGGAUGCACACGAGGAUGGGGAAAAGCGGCAGACCAGGCUAGGCAUGCGCAGCAUGGCCACGCCCACACCCAUGAAGAGCAGUAGCUUAGCCAAAAGGCCAUCGAAUGCACGCUUGGGCCAGCCAUUGUGCCUGGAGCGAGAUCGCGGCAGCCAGAUGGGCCUGCCGCCGAACCGCACACCCAUGAGCAGCCAUCGCAAGGGCGCCGAGGUGCCGCAUCACUCCAACAAGAAGUGGGUGGCAGAGAAGGCGCAACAGAUUCAAGACUACCUGCACGCCAUCCUACCCAGCCACGCCAUACAGGGCAUCACGGGGGACUUCUUCAAUCGCGGCUCGGGCCUGCGCCAGAUGACAACGAAGCAGUUUGUGGGCAUAAUUAACUUUUUCUUCCAUCAAAUCUCGAGGAAUCGGGUGACGGUGGGCAGCAACCACGUGGAGGACAUUAUGAAUACGCUGCAGAAGCUCAACUAUCCGUAUCAGGUGAACAAGUCAUCGCUGAUGACGCCCACCACACAGCACUCGUUCGGCCAUGUCAUCGUGAUGCUGGACUUUCUGAUGGACUUUGCCCCACAGCCGGAGGCCGAGGAGGAGGGCAGGGAUUUCCCCUUUAUGGAAACAGCCGAUCAGCACAGCGCCUACCUGCACAGCAUGGCCUGCGAGUCGUUGGCCAUGUCCACCACUCAGACACCAGCCAUCGUGCUGGACGAGGAGCUGAUCGAGCUGCUGCUGGUGCAGUCCACGGCCUGCUUCUCCCUCUGGGACCAGGAAAACAGCGAGGAAGAGGCGCUGCUGCAGGCCCGCACCAGAGACAAGGUGAUCAACAAGAAGUGCGACCUGGCCGACAGCAGGGCCUUGGACGCGGACAUAGAUGCCCUCAAAAAGAAGCUCAGCGACCUCGAGCUGGAGCUGGAGGAAGCGCUGCCCGGCGAUGGCAAGAGGUUCAAGCAGCUGGAAAGUCUCAGCCGCGAGCAGAACCAGCUCGGGCAGCAGCUGCAGGCCAUUCAGCAAGAGGAUGCCAUGAAGCGGAACUCCAUACAGGAGCUGCGCUCCAGCGCCAAGCAAAUGACAGCGGACAUCAAGGCGCUGCGAAAGGAGCUGCGCCACACACAGCAGACAGUGUCCAGCCAGCGGUACACGGCGCAGCAGCUGAAGGAUCUGCAAGUGCAGUGCACAGAUCGCAGCAACGAGUCGAAGGUCUAUGAGCGUCAGAUAAAGGAGGUCACCGAGCGUGAGCUCAAUCAGCAGGUCAUGCUGUCACGCUCCAAACAAAAGCUCCUGGACAAGAUUGAGCAGUUCAACUGCCAUGCGCGGAACAUCUGCAUGGAUUCGGUGAUCUGCAAGGCCAGCGGCAAGGCCAAAAUGGAGCUGACCCUGUCGCUGCAGCCCACCCACGAGGAGGUGCUGCAUGGGCAUCAGCGCCUGGCCAAACUGGCCGAUCGCUUGCGUCUGUAUCGCCAGCAGACCGCCGGCCGUUGCAAGCACGUGGAGGACCAGAAAGCCAAUCUAAUCCAGAUCAAAGGCAAGCUGGACACGCAGCUGGCCAGCCUGGGCUCGGAGUUGCGCGCACAGAAGCAGUCAAUGGCCCACAUCGAGGCGAGCCACAAGAACAAGCUCGAAACUUUGGCCCACGACGAGCAGCAGCUGAUCGACAUGCAAUACGAGCUGGCCACCCGGUUGGAGCAACUGCAGGCCGAGGAAGCCAAGCAGCACCUCCAGCUGAGCAGCGUGAAGCAGCAAAACGAGGAUCUCAUCACGGGCAUCGAGUUGCGUCAGCAGCAGGCACAUCAAGCGCGCAACAGCUACCUCGAUAAAUACGAGGAAACGCUGGCCGAAGCCGAGGAGGAGCUCAAGGCUGUGCAGCUGACCAUCGCGGAGAACGAGAAGAAGUUGUCUGGAGCCAAGCAGCAGAUAGGCAGCACCGAAUUACCCUCCUUCGGGGUUGUUCUCCAAGCCAUACAGAAGGACUAAACUAUGAGGCAUUCUCCAUUUCA